GUCACGGCCCUUCUCCCUCCCCCUCCUUGCUCGCAGCCUCGGCCUCUCCUAGCUGAAUUGAAGUCCCUGCAGAGGAGAAGAAGCAGCGUGUAGCCCCCGGUGCUGCUGAAGGAUGUCUGCGUGUAAAUUUCUCCCGGCUGUCGGAAGGGGCCUCGGCUGGCAGAGCCAGUGGGAGAGGAGGAGAGUGGGUUCCUGUGCAGCGUGGAUGGUACAGAACAAGGCCUGCGGUUGUUAUUUUUCCACAUCCAGCUCUCACAGUGCUAAAUUCUAUAGUGAUCCAGUUGAAGCCGUGAAAGACAUACCUAAUGGGUCAACGCUGCUUGUUGGUGGGUUCGGUCUGUGUGGAAUCCCAGAGAAUCUUAUAGGCGGGCUCCUUAAAACCGGUGUUAAAGGAAUCACAGCCGUGAGCAACAAUGCAGGAGUUGAUGACUUUGGCUUGGGCUUACUGCUGAAGACCAAACAGAUAAAGCGCAUGGUGUCAUCGUACGUUGGCGAGAAUGCAGAGUUUGAAAGGCAGUAUUUACAAGGAGAGCUGGAAGUGGAGCUGGUGCCACAGGGAACCCUCGCUGAGAGAGUGAGAGCCGGCGGCGCUGGCAUUCCAGCGUUUUAUACACCCACAGGCUACGGCACAUUAAUCCAAGAAGGGGGAGCGCCAAUAAAAUAUAAUAAAGAUGGCGGUAUUGGACUUGCCAGUCAGCCUAAAGAGGUCAAAGAAUUUAAUGGCCGUCAUUUUGUUAUGGAGACCUCUAUCACAGGAGACUUUGCUCUUGUGAAAGCUUGGAAAGCAGAUCGUGCCGGGAAUGUUGUAUUCAGGAAAACGGCGAGAAACUUCAACCAGCCAAUGUGUAAAGCAGCCAAAGUAACAGUCGUUGAGGUUGAGGAAAUUGUGGAAACGGGAACGUUUGCACCAGAAGACAUCCACAUCCCCAGCAUUUACGUAGAUCGGAUCAUCAGAGGCGAGAACUACCAGAAAAGAAUAGAGAGGCUAACACUAAGGAAAUCUGAAAAUUCAAAACCCAAACCUAAAAAAGAUUCUGACAUUGUAAGAGAGAAAAUCAUCCGUCGCGCUGCUCUGGAAUUCCAGGAUGGAAUGUAUGCAAACUUGGGUAUUGGUAUUCCAAUGUUGGCGAGCAACUACAUCAAGAAAGAUAUCACUGUUCAUCUUCAGAGUGAAAAUGGAGUCCUGGGCCUGGGCCCUUACCCCACGGAAGAUGAAGUGGAUCCCGAUCUGAUCAAUGCAGGUAAAGAAACAGUCACUGUUCUGCCGGGAGCCUCGUACUUCUCCAGCGACGACUCAUUCGCCAUGAUUAGAGGCGGUCAUGUGAACUUGACCAUGUUGGGAGCAAUGCAGGUGUCAAAAUAUGGAGAUCUGGCAAACUGGAUGAUUCCUGGUAAGAUGGUGAAAGGAAUGGGUGGAGCCAUGGAUUUGGUGUCUAGCUCAGGAACGAAAGUAGUUGUCACUAUGGAGCACUCAGCCAAAGGAGGAACGCAUAAAAUAUUGGAUCAGUGCAACUUGCCACUUACCGGAAAACAGUGUGUGGAUCGGAUCAUUACAGAGAAGGCUGUCUUUGAUGUGGACAAAAAGAAUGGUCUGACUCUGAUUGAAGUCGGUGAAGGUAUAUCUGUGGACGACAUUAAGAAAUGUACCGGCUGUGACUUCUCAGUUUCACCGGACCUCAAACAGUUGCAGCAAAUCGGUGAUUAAGAUCUGUGGUCGCUUUCAUAUUUUUUAUGAAGAAGUUACAUGUUCUAGGAAUAUUUUUUUCUUUCGAAAGCUCAAUUUAUACCAACCAUCCAGUAGUUGUAUUUCAUCACUGAGCAUUUGUUACAAUGGGAGUAAAGUUAUGGGAGUCAAUAAAACAAUAUUUGAUUAAA